AUGGGCCUCGCCGACUCCGGCGCGAACUUCGUGUGGGUGGUUAGGGACAAGAACGCAUCGCCGCCGCUCCCGAACAUCGACGACACGGCGCCAGGCCACGGGCUGGUGGUCAGGGGGUGGGCCUCGCAGGUGGCUGUGCUGCGGCACGCGGCGGUGGGCGCGUUCAUGACACACUGCGGGUGGGGCGUGGUGACCGAGGCGGCGGGCGUCCCGGUGCUAGCGUGGUUGGUGUUCGCGGAGCAGUUCUACAACGAGGUGCUGGUGGUGUGGCUCACGGGCACGGGCGUCUCCAUGGGCGCGGAGAGGGGGUACGUGUGGGGAGGCGAGGCGCUGGGCGGGGUGGUGGGCAGGGAGGCAGUGGGCUGA